AGCGGAGAGAAGGGAGGAGGGGGCUUGCAGUUGGGGUCGUACGAGGUGAAGCCAGGCCCUUGAAUGAACUCAUCUGGCGAGGAGACAAAUACGGCUGUCCGCUGCGGGAGAGGGGCACAGGCGAUCGCGGCGCGCUGGGAGAAGGAGCGCACAAGACGGAGCGGCAGAUGAACACCACAACUCACAUUCCUUGUGGUGGGUGAAUAAAUGAGGAAGCCGAAGUUGGCCUUCUUCCCCCGAGAUGCCCUCAAGAUGGCUUCAGUCUGAGGUGGCACUGAUCCUGCGUGUCUGCUAAGGAACACGAUGGAGCACAUGAGGCGCUAACAGAACCCAACCUGCCGAUUGGACGUUUGGAAUCCAGCAGCUGGCCAUCCAGAAAUGAGUGGACCGACAGCGGGCAGUGCCAUCCCUCACCCAGCCUCCGAAUUCCUGCAGGAGGUCUUUCCCCCACUUCACAUACCCACUGCGGACCUCCAGAGCAGGUCGCUGACCUUUACGGAGGAAGCCGCGUCCAUCCUGACCACCAACGGUCUCCUGGCCCACUCUCUGCUCGGAUCUGCGCCCGCCAAGCAUAAAGGAGUCAACGGCUUGCGAAGGAAAAGGGAAUUCAUACCGGAUGACAAAAAGGACGAUGGCUACUGGGAUAAGAGGAAGAAAAACAAUGAAGCGGCCAAGCGCUCCCGUGAAAAACGACGGGUCAGCGACAUGGUCUUGGAGAACAGGGUCCUCGCCCUCCUGGAGGAGAAUGCCCGGCUCAGAACUGAGCUGCUGGCACUCAAAUUCCGGUUUGGACUUGUCAAGGAUCCUUCUGAAGUGGCCGUCCUUUCCUUGUCAUGCCCAGUGAGCGGCCCCCAGCAGGGUUCUCCCAAAUACCACCCUGGACCAGCAGGUCACUCCAGCUCUUUUCCUUAUAUGGCGCAGCCUCCUUGUCCAGCCGAGGGACGUUCCCAUAUCCAUCCUCAGGGAUUUGCAGGUCGACCGUUGAGUGACAACCGUGAAACUCCUAACCUUUCAGAAGACUCAGGGUUUUCCACACCAGGGGGCUCGCGCGUCGGUAGUCCGCUGUUCUUUGAUGACCGCCUCAGCGAACAUGGCCGAUACUCUCCUCCGGGCUUUGAGGGGCAACUGUGUGCCAGGAUUAGUGACCUAGAGACAGAGUCCCUUGAAACCGCAGGAGAAGGGCAUUGUCCCAGCGAAGUUGUGCCAACGGCCAGGCUUGAGCCUGGGGAUGGCAUCAAGAGCCUCCCCCACAAGCUAAGGUUUAAGGCAGCAGGAGGCCCGGAGUGCGUGGAGCCAAUCCCAGAAUCCUUCAUGCCACAAGGGAAGACCCUGGCAACAACCGUGUGCAGGGGGCCAACUGAAGAACAGACAUAUGCUUGUGUUCAGCAGAGGGGUCCCUUGGAUCGUAGGGGCAUGCAGACCAGGUAUCAUGGACAAGGCAUAGGAUCCAAAGGACAAAUGUCAGCUGACUCUGGGUACUGUGCCCGGCACCGGGCGCCUUUGGGGAAUGAGGCUGGCAGCCCCUCUGAGAGCUCCACGCUCAAAUCCCAACUGGCCUUCUUGUCAGAGGAGGUUGCCCAGCUGAAGAGGCUCUUCUCUCAUCACCUUCUUCCAAAAGCCCUCUGAGCCCAGGAGAUGAUCACGCUGGCUUCACUUCUGGGCAACUGACCUCUUAUUUUGGGAUGGGCAUUGAACAAGCGGCCAUGGCUUCAUUAACAAGAGUCCAUGGAGAAGCCACCCGACACUGGGCACCACCAGGUGGAGGAGACAGAAUACGGCAACUUUCAAAGUCAAAAAAAAAAAGGUGAGGGCGUUGAAAUCCACUUCACGGUGGUCAUUCUGCUCCAUCCAGCCCCCGUUACACACGGAGCGUUUUAAUGACAGGCGCUGGCUUUGAAGCUGUGCUCUGCGGAGAAUAGUGGUCUUCUCGGAGGGUCCAUCCAUUUUGUCUUUUAUCUUUUUAUGUAUAAAUGGCUUGGCUUGGAGGGGGUCCUCGCUGGGUGGGGUGGUCUGCCAGAACCCUCCUGUGUUCAGUAAUCCUCUCUGUGCUUAGCCGUUUAUGAUAAAGCUUUACCUUAAUAAUCGCUAGUCAUACAACUGUGCUGUGCGGCCCUGCAAAUGUGGCGUGUGGUGUUACUGUCUUGUGGCACAUUACGGGGUGAACGGUGAAAAAUAAAGAAAUAACCUCAUUACUAAAGUGCUAAAUUAUUAAAUAAAUCAACACGUACCUCAUAGCAUACCUUCGUUACAUUCUAACAGAGAGUGGAGGAUUACUGAAUGCAGGAGGGUUGAACGACAGACCCCGCCCACACGUGAACACGCCCACACCAGACCCCGCCCCAUCCUUCAGCGAAGGCUACUUCAAACAGCCUGCAUGUGUAACUGAGGGUGGACGGCUUGUGCUCUGGUAGGUUUAGUGCAGACGGUCAUCGACGCGCAGCUCGAUGUCACAACUGAGACAGCAGCCAUGUGCAUCAUGGCGCACUUUUCUGUCACUUGCACCUGAGAGGGUAGAAUGUCAGUGUCUGAUCCACACCUUGUGACAUCUUUCUUGCCCUUCACACACAUUUUGCCUUUCUGUCACACACUCUCAGCACCUCCUGCUCCAGUUUCACUACCCGUGGUUCAGUUUCGGUUUAUUGUUAAACUGCCCCUUACAGCUUUUCUUCAUUUCCCAUCAUGUUUUUCUUUGUUGGCUCCGCCCCACUCAUGAAUAUUAAUUGGUUACCUUUAAGUGGCAGAAAGCCUAGAGAUAUUCCUGCCGUUUUGCAGCGUGGAGUUAUUUCAUCCACUAGAUGGCAGCAGAAUUCCGUCCUGACUGUCAUUCAGUGCUUAUCCCCAUAAAGCACGUCAUUCCACGUUUCCCUCCCCCCCCCCGAGCCUGACUCGGGUUUAAUUGUCAUUACAUAAAAUUCUGAGCCCAAGCCACCUCCAGGGGUACUUUGGGACUCAAUUGCGCCCUCUCUGGUGUGAUAUGUGUUGUUCUUCAGGGGAAUCACUUUUAUGCCACGUCUUCGGACCGCCUCACGUCACCAGCUUAUGUACACAUGGAAUUUUAUUUUUAAUAAGGGGGACUUCAUUUGAUUUGUGGGCACAUGUCUAAUGUUUAAACACAAGGGCUCAAUGUCACAGCCAUUCUUUUUUUCUCAUGGUGACGCCUUAGACACUCACACUCACUCACUACAGGUGUGUCUCCCCUCAGAGUGACUUGUCCUACUAUUAGUUGUGCAAAGAGCCCUCUGAUAGCUCUGGACAGAAUGUUAAAAAAGCAACAAAUAAAUAAAUAAAUAGCCCACCUGAAUGUUUAUUUGUCCAUUGGCAUCUGAAAUAUUGAAAUUAUUAAGUAGAGACAAAAGCCCCGUGACAGAUUACCAGGCGAUCAAAGGGACAGUGCGGCCAUGAAGACAACACCAGAGAGAGAAAAAGUCACCUGAUAGUGGCAGGGCCAGGUGACAGUAUAAUAAUGUCUUAAGGAUCAGUCUGCCCCCAAGCCCCAUGGUGACAGCAGGUGAACCCAAAGGGGGCGUCCCACAGUCACCUGGCCCUUGUAAAUUCAUGCCAUGGACAAGGGUGGCCACCAGAGGGCACUCUAUGAAGAGCUUUGAGUUAUUGGCAGGGCGUUAUAAUACUCUGAUCUACUGGUGGGCUCAUGUCAGAGACUUUGAGGAGGUGAGGAGGCUGAAGGGAGACGCUGGAGGAAUCCAGAAGAGCCAAAGUGACACAAGGGACACAAGUGGGGACAAGCAUGUGGCAGGAGUGUUGGCCAUCCUUCAUUUAAUUUCAGAGAGGUAGCUACAACUUGCUAUAAUGCUGCUUGUAAUUUUGACUUUGUGUAACUCCCUUUGAUCAUCCCUCCCAUGAUUCUGAUUUAUUAAAACCCUUAUUUUUGAUAAAA